AUGUCCGACAACAACGCCCACCCUGGGGUCCGCAGCCUGCUGGCCAAAUUCGAAACUGGCGACAGCCCUAUCACCUCGCCUCCGUCGCGUGGAAGAACACCUGUGCCUUCUGAUACUCCGGGAUCCUCUGCACCAGGGUCCUCUGCAACGCGUCCACUUUCUCGCGUCCGCGCCAGCUUCGUGACCGUCGAGGGGGCCAUCCAGUCAAACCCGGGUUCGCCAUUGCGAAAGACUAGUGGACGAAGUGACAGCCCCGGAAUCUUCGGGCCGAAGAUCAACCAGGAAGAGGUGGAGGCACGUCGACAGAACGUGAUCUCCCCAACACCCGACGGGAAUAAUAACAACGGCCAGGUCAGCAUCAUGGACCGAACUGUCAAUGGAAUCCAAGAAGGAACCGCGGCUUUGAGCCUAGAUGGGAAUGUUAGUGCCAAGGAACAGCCUUCAUCUCGGGUCGUGAGCACGUCUUCCGUGGAGUCUGCAUCCUCGAAGAAAGAGGAGCCUGCUGCAUCUACGUCUGUGCCUGCGGCUACUUCUAACCACGCGGCGCAGCCAGAGAAACCGGCACCGAAGACGAUGACCAAGAAGCCGUCGACUGUCCACGCCACAAAAACUACUACACCGAAUAAGCCUGCCUCCGCCGCAACGUCAACCACCGCGAAACCCACGGCCAGUGCUACCGCAAAGCCUACCUCGGCGCGCGAAUUAGCCAAGGAACGAUCCAAUGCGAUUGCUCAUAAGUCAAGCCGGGCCUCCCUCAACCCGGCUACCAAGACCGCUACGCGAACAGCUCGUGGUACAACCCCCUCUCAAGACGGCCCCAAGACAUCAUCUACCACCGCCCCGAGCAGCAAGCCCAGAUCGAAAUCGCCUACCAGGCCGGCUCGCCUACCAUCCUCUGCGACUGCAUCAACCACGGCGUCUUCUGGUAGAUUGGGUGCUGCGGGUCCCUCAAACGGACGCACCACGACCACUGCUUCAACCCUCACACGCAAGCCGUCAUCCCUCAAGAGUGCGUCGUCUCGACCCUCUCUUGCCGCGCAGCCCGCACAAGAGCGCCCGAGCUCUCGGACUAGCGACCACGGCUCUAAGCCCGUUAACGAGGGAUUCCUCGCCAGGAUGAUGCGUCCGACAGCCAGCUCGGCCAGCAAGACCCAUGAAAGGCCCGAGGCUAAGAGCCCGCCAAAGACCAACCCUGCUCCAUCCAAGACCACUACCCGGCGAGUCUCAGGCCAUGGCGCCGUCCAGCCGAAAGCCCAGCCCGCAGCUCUUCGUCCCCGCAGCGAGAAGUCUCAGCCUGUCACCAAGGAGACUCCUGUCCCUUUUAAGGAUGAGGCAAAGCCUGCGGAGAAGAGACAGGAUAGCGAAAGCGAGAAGGAGAAUGUGGACUCUGUUGCCCCCAAGGUUGAAGAACCGGCCGUGGAAGCACAGGAGGAUACUAUUGUCGAGCAACCUGAGCUCGAAAAUCCCGUGGAAGAAGUCACCAAGAAGGCCGAACCCGCUGAAGCAAAGGAAAUUGAAGUUUCUGCUAAAACUGUUCCUCAGCCCGCCGCCGAGCCCGUCUCUGAGUCGAUUGAGUCGUCCAGCACCAAGGAGGACGUCACAAAGGCCCCUGUUGAGGCUCCCGUUGAGGCUCCCGUUGAGGCUCCCGUUGAGGCUCCCGUUGAGGCUCCCGUUGAGGCUCCCGUUGAGGCUCCCGUUGAGGCUCCUGUUGAGGCUCCCGUUGAGGCUCAAGCCCCCGUAGAGAGCAAAGAGAAGGCGAUUGUGGAAUCCCCGGCACAGCCAGAGGCAACACCAAUCAAGGAACCCCAACCUGAGGCUGAGGUGAACGCUAACGGUGCUGAAGAGACUUCUAAGGUUCACGCCAAGGAAGCUAUCGAGGAUAUCGCCAAGCCCAAUGCCGUGGAGCCGGAGAAGCUCGAGGCCGAGAUCACUGAGGUCCCUGAGGUCCCUAAGCCCACUGAAACACCUGUCCAGGUUGAGGAGGUCGUCCCCGAACCGAUCAAGGAUGCUAUCGUGCCGGAGCUCACAGCUCAGUCUGCCGAUGAGAUACCCACGAAAGAUUCUCCGGCCACGAUUGAGCCUACUGCUCCCGCCGAGGAACCUGUCGUCCAGGCUAAGUCGGAUACCGUUGAUAUCGACUUUGCCAACCAACUCAGUUAG